UGCUAAGUCAGCAGCCCGUGUGUUUUUGUUAAAUGCCAAGAGUGCAAACAUUUGCUCGGAUGGUGUAAAAGAUCGACGGUGACCAUGGUAAUGUACAAUUUUCUGGAAAAUGUAUUGAGAAAUGGUUAAUAGAUCAAAUAACUAGAUGGAGAUGUCUGUUUUUGGCUCACCUAAUACCUGAUAAAUCAAAGUACUUCGAAUUGGUGCAAAAGUCAUGUAAAAAUUCAAUAUUGCUAUAAGGCACUCAUGCUCAUUGAUAUACAACAAGCUCAAGCUGUCACACUUUUCUUUUGUUCUGUUGUAAUAUACUGCAUAUGGCACUGAAUAUGGGCAAAAACAUCAAAAAGACAGCUUUCCAACACUGAAUGACACAAAAACAACAACUACAGACUACUAGACAAAUGCAUAGCUGGGUGGUCAGUGGUUUGAUGUGUCCGGUGGCCCAUUCAAGUCAAUCAUUACACACAGGGUACACAACUCCAGUCAGUCUCUGGUCUGAUUUUUGCUACACUGCCUGACUGCUGAGCUGGAGCACACAUAACAGGCUUCCACAGGAAUCCACAGGCUUUAUAUCCCAUGUACAACCUUCACAGGCAAUUUCUACUCAGAUCCACUGACCUGUCCAUGGCCCGUGUUCUUUCCCUGUUCCGGCCUCAGCCUUUUCUGGCCCUCGUGGGCAGGAGAAAACCUACCUUGUGCAAAAUGUCAAUGGACUCACGGGCACGCGGGGUGUUUGCAGCUGCAGUGGAAGCUGUGCAGCCAGACACUGUGGUCCGGCAGGGUAUAGAGCGCAAGGAGGACUCAGUCAUUAUCGAUGGUCACAAAUUUACACUCAGACACAACCUGCACUUGGUGGGCUUUGGAAAAGCAGUACUGGGUAUGGCUGCCGAGGCAGAAAGGAUUAUGGGGGAUCACUUAGUGAAAGGAGUAAUAAGUGUGCCACAUGGGAUUCAGCAGACAUUACAGCAGCAUGGGAAACACCAUCUGUUGUUAAAAGAAAACAGCUGCAUCAAAGUAAUGGAGGGAGCUAAACACAACUUGCCUGACGCUGCUGCCCAGAAGGCAGCUGAAGGGAUCAAGCAGUUAGCCAGUGAACUGACGGAGAAAGACCUGCUACUUGUACUGAUUUCAGGUGGAGGCUCUGCGCUAUUACCUGCGCCCAUCAAACCAAUCUCGUUGCAAGAGAAACUAGAUGUUACCCGCAAACUUGCAGCUGCUGGUUCCACCAUUCAAGAGCUGAACACUGUGCGACGGGCCCUGUCUUUCUUAAAGGGUGGAGGGCUUGCACACUGUGCUCACCCUGCCCAGGUGGUUGCACUGAUAUUGUCCGAUGUAAUUGGGGACCCUCUGGACUUGAUAGCCAGCGGCCCCACAGUGCGGAGCGAGGUGUGGCCUGAAGAAGUUUUGUCAAUCCUUGAACGUUACAAGCUGUUGAACUCUCUACCAGCCUCAGUAAAGGAUGUCCUUGGGAGACCAAGUCCCUGGUGGAGGCAGAAUAAGGAUGAAUUUAAUACAUCAGGACAUGUUCUCAAUGCUGUGAUUGGCUCCAACAGCCUUGCCCUCAAGUGUGCUGGUCGCCGGGCUCGAGAGCUAGGUUUCCGCCCUGUUGUGCUGGCACCAGGAGUGUGUGGCGAUGUAAGGGCAGUCUCCAGACUUUACGGCCUCCUGGCCCGCUUCGCCUGUUCUCGAGAGGAACCUCCUCCAGAGAUUGCCGCUGAGGUGCUGAGGCUGGGGCCUGAAGUAGGAGUGGAGAGUUGGGACCUCUGCCGUACCAUGCAGGUCUUGGGUGAAGGGCGUACAGAAGGAUGGGGUGCCACGUGUCUGUUAGCUGGAGGUGAGCCCACUGUGGAGCUGACAGGCAAGGGUCGAGGUGGUCGAAACCAGGAACUGGCUCUGCAAGUGGGACUGGAGCUGAGAGGCCUGGAGCUCCCGCCUAAUGGUCCUGUCUUCCUGAGUGGGGGAACUGAUGGUCAGGAUGGACCCACUGAGGCAGCAGGAGCCAUCACUGAUGGGGGGUUGUAUGAAGAGGCACAAGCACAAGGGCUAGACAUCGACAACUUCCUCAAAAACAAUGAUUCUUACACUUUUUUUACACGUCUUUCUGCUGGCCAGCGCUUACUUGUACCUGGCCUAACCUGCACCAAUGUGAUGGAUGUGCACAUGCUACUUAUUCCACCAAUUCCCAUUAACAUAAGAUAAUUCCAAAGCACAUAAAAUAAAGUCCAGUGGAUCUGGAUAAAUAAAGUACUCUAUCUGUUUAUUGGACCUUUUUUUUCAACUCUACACAGACAUUUUUGGCCAAUGUCUGUGAAACUCUGUAAAUCUACAUGAAAGAAAGACUGGUAUUUCUAUAUUAAAUUUGAACAACCACAAAGUAUAAUAUAGGGUUGGAAUAAAAAUCAUAGUUUUGUUAUCAGAAUUAAGGUUUCAGCAGGGAACAAAAAAGCUUAUAGUGGACUUGCUGACUAUCUUUUUUAUAAGCCAACUCUAGCAAUUAGACAGUCAAUGACAUCAGUAUUUUCAAACACAACCAAUUUAAUAUCAGUCAAGCUACAUUUAGUUAAUUUGACAAGGACUAUGUACAUCAUUAAACAUUUGUGUAAAUGCACACUGCAGUACACUGUCUUGUACUACAGACUAGUCUUUACCAUUAUAACAGUAUUAUAACUUGUCAGUUGUAGUAGCUGAUUGCAUGGCUCAUACAAUGCACAUUUUUCAUGCUUUAUUAUUUUACAUUAAAUCACAGUGGAUUUACCUAAGCUUUUUGACACAUAUUACUACUACUAGUACUGAGCACAAAUAUAUAAAAAUAAUUAAUUGGGCACGUUCACCCUCCUCAAAUGAAGAGGCACUUUUGGCAGCAAUUACAGCCUGUUUUAGCUUUGCAUAUUUGAACUUUGCUUUUUUUUUUUUUUUUUUUUUACCCAUUCUUCUUUGCAAAGCUGCUCAAGUACUUUUGAUUAACCAGCUGUUGGUCCUUUCAGAUACAUAUUGUAAAAUCCUCUGUCACACCUCAAUUACACACAGGUGAUUUGUAUUCAAAUCAUGCACUUUAGGUGUGUCAUGAAAAGGGUGAAUGUGCUUGUGUAAUCAAUUAUUUUCUAUUCUGUUUGUACCUAACUUUGAUCAGUUUGUAGAGAUUUGUUUCACUUUCACACAGGAGUUUGCUGUGAGUCCAUGUUGAAAACAUGAAUGAAACAUGAAAACCUCACAGGGGGGUGAACACUUUAAACAGGCACUCUGUAUCUCCCAUUAAGUGCACACAAUGCUCCUUACAUGUUAUGAGAAACACAACACUGUAUUCCAGUAGAAGAUGUGCAUUAUUUAUGAAAUAGCAAUGAUAGAAAUAAAAAAACAUAUCCACUGAAAAUCUUCCUAAUCAUAACUCGGCACAUGUGCAUCAUUCACUUACUCCUGUUAAUGCAAGUCAGGAUUACCAUUAAAAAUAUCCAUCCACUUGA